GACGUUGGUCUUCCCAUCUGUGAUCGAUCUUCCACUCCUUGCGUUUUGUUCGUCGUGGCAUCGAUUCUUCGGGCGAUUUAAAGAAGAGCUUGCAGGAGCGAGUUGGUGGAUUGUUUGUUAUUCCGCAACAUCGUGCGUGGUGAAGGAGGUCUUGCCUUUCAUGGUCAGCAGCGAUCUUCGUCGUCGCACUGCGUGCGGUUCUGCUCAGGUUGCCGUUAGUCUUGGCAAGCAGGAAGUUGGCGUGCAGCGCGGGAUAGACUUGCUGCUCGUGUCCGGUGUGCGCUUGCUGCAUAAUUGUAGUGGUCGACAGUGGGAGUUCGACGUGGACUGAGGCCCAGCGCUUCGACGCGUUGCGCAGCGCAAAGUGAAAAGAAUUCUGAGAUACUGUGUUGAGGUCCGAGCGUCCGCUAUGGCCGGUCAGUGGAAGGGGUUCGCCGAGGGUGGGCUGGCGUCCAUGAUUGCCGGCUUCGCCACGCACCCGCUCGACCUCGUGAAAGUGCGUAUGCAGCUGCAAGGCGAGGUGGCAUCCCCGCCUCUUGCCAUGGCCCUCGCCGGAAGCCAUGCUUCCUCCGGUAGCGUUCGACGACCUGGCCCACUGGGUGUGGGGUUGGAAGUGGCAAGGUCAGAAGGCGUGCAAGCCCUGUACUCGGGUGUCUCGGCCACGCUCUUGCGGCAAGCCAUGUACUCCUCCACCCGAAUGGGCCUCUACGAAUUUCUGAAAACCCAGUGGAGAGACGAGACCCAGGAAGGCUCGGGGCUUCCUUUGCACAAGAAGGUGGCCGCAGCUUUGGUUUCCGGAGCCACCGGUGCCGCGGUGGGGAACCCCGCUGAUCUGGCGAUGGUGCGGAUGCAGGCCGACUGGAGGCUGCCCGUUCACGAAAGGCGGAACUACACCUCCGUCGGAAACGCUCUGCUCCGGAUGAUGAAACAAGACGGCGUGCUGUCUCUGUGGACGGGCUCAGCCCCGACUGUGACCCGAGCAAUGCUGGUGACUGCGGCGCAGCUGGCCACGUACGAUCAGAUCAAGGACACCAUAGCCCAGAACCGCGUGGUGCCGGAGGGGCUGGCGACGCAGGUGGUGGCGAGCGUGGGAGCGGGAGUGCUGGCGUCCGUGGCGUCGAAUCCCAUCGACGUGGUGAAGACGAGAGUGAUGAACAUGAAAGUGGCCGCGGGCGAAGCUCCCCCCUACAAGGGCGCAUUGGACUGUGCCGUCAAGACUGUGCGCUCGGAAGGGCCCAUGGCUCUGUACAAGGGUUUCAUUCCCACGGUGACUCGCCAGGGACCCUUCGCCAUCGUCAUGUUUCUGUCGUUGGAGCAGAUCAAGCGCGUGCUGGAAGGUUGAUAUCCCGGACAAUGACGACAACGCUUUUCAGUUUAGAAUUCAUGAAGCAAUUUGAGGCAAUUUUUUUUCCUCCACAGGGAGCAAGGGAACUCGUUGCGUUGGAUCGAGGCACGAUCAGCGAGAGAGAGAAAGGAAAUAGGAACAAUUUUUUGCAAUCUCAACAACCAGUCCAGCAUUCUAGCAUCCUUCCUGGGUGGCGGCUCACAAUUUUCCGUUUAGCUAUAAGAGCUUGCGAGGCAGUGGGCGAUAGAACCGUGGUCGAGAACAUGUGCAUCUUUUGACACAAAUAUACAUAUACGUGAAACUUGGAGAAGCCAAGAUUGUUAUUUGUGAAGUAAUGAAUAUACGUUUCAAUGAAGUGCAAUUAUUGCUCCUUUGGUUGCAACUUUA